AUGGAAUCAACACAAUUUCAGUCCAGAAGCAUUUCACCUGAAAACUCAAUAAUCUCUCCUGAUCAAUCUGAAUUGGCAGAGAAAGAUCUUCCAUCUUUACCAGUUGCUUCAUUAGAACUUCUGAAGCACUACACUAAUACAAAAGCAACAAAGCGAUUGAGAGCUGAAAUUCACAAAGAAAAACCUUCACAAAACAUACCAAAACCAAAAAUUCCCAUUUCUCCCAAUCCUUCAGUACUUUUUCCAGCUGCAACUAUCAUAAAACUAGCACAGGCACACUUACUCCAGUUGAAAUCCCUGAAAAUCGACAUCGUUUCAUUCGCGGCGACAUCUUUCGGGUCGCAUUCUGGGCUUCCUUCUGGUGUUUUAGAAGAUUAUGAACUUGCACUCAGACUUCUAGCUGCGGUUGAAAAGGUUGCCAAGCAUCAUUUCGUGUAUGCAAGAAAAUUGCUGACAAUGUGCCAAGAAUCCAUGUCCAAAACCGGGAAUGUAGUCCAGAAAGUUUGUUACUAUUUCGCGGAAUCCCUCCAAGAAAGAAUUGAUCAAGAAUGGGGGAUUUUUCCAUCCGAAGAGCUGGAAAAAAAUGGACUGAGAAAAGAUCCAGUGGAUGUUGAACAAACCAUGAUCCGUUUGGAACCUGAGAUGAUGAAGUGCCAACAGGAAAUCCCUUUUCAUCUCUACACACAGUUCACCUCGGUUCAGACCAUCCUGGAUUGUGUUUCCAGGGCCGAAAAAGUCCACCUGAUCGAUUUCGGGAUCAACAAUGGUUCCCACUGGACGCUGAUCAUGCAGGCUUUCGCCGCCCGGGAAACAGGACCUGAUUCGCCUCCAUUCCAGCAUCUGAAAAUAACCGCGGUCGGGACCUCCCGGGAGAUGAUGGAGGAAACAGGGAAAUGGCUGACAGCUUUCGCCGAGAACAUCAGCUUGCCGUUUUCAUUUCACAUAGUGGUAACAGAGAUGAAGGAUCUGGAGAAACGACAAUUUUCGGCCCUUCCAGGGAAUGAUGAAACAGUGGCGGUUUUUCUCGGGCUGCGGUUAUGGAGCCUGUUACCCUGGCCUGAUCACCUGGAAAAGUUCAUCAGGGUGAUUAAAAGCCUUAAUCCGAGUAUCAUCGUCGUUAAUGAAAUGGAAGCUAAUAUAAACUCCCCUGAUUUGGCCGAGAGAAUAGACGGGGCGAUUGUCCUGAUUGCUGCGAUAUUCGACUGUAUCAAUUCAUGCAUGUCACACAGGGCUCAGUUUAGGAAAUUCAACGAAGAAGUGAUCUUUCCUUAUAUAGUUCGGAACAUUGUCACGGCUGAAGGGAGGGAUUGGAUCCAGAGGUUUGAGAAGAUUGGAUUCUGGAGGGAGGUAUUCGGGAGGUUCGGGAUUGAGGAAACCGAGAUGAGUAGACCUCCACCAAGUCAGGAAAAGAUGUUCUUGAGAAACACUCUUAAGCAACAUGAUCAGAAAGGGAAGCGUCUUAUGGAUGAUAAUCUGAUUACUUCCCAGUAUCAGUCAGCUGGUAGGAUAAUGAAGUUAGCGAAAGAACGGUUGCUUCAAAUCAGGUCCCGAAAAACUGGUAGUGUUUCCCUGCUUCUUGUUUGCGCUUUAGAAGCUUUAUCCGAUCUCCCUUUUGAAGCCUCGGAAGACCUGGAGCAAGCAUUUUUACUUCAGGCAGCCGCAGAAAAGCUGGACAGUAAGCAGUGGUUUCAGGCGCAAAAGUUGCUUACCCUUUGUAAUCAGUCAGCUUCAAAGAGUGGUAAUCCUGUUCAACGAGUAGUGUACUACUUUGCUGAAGCCCUUCAAGAGAAGAUCAACCGAGAAUGUGGAAUUUUAGUACCAGAGGAAUAUGAAAAAAUGAAAAUAGUGAAGGCAAUUGAUGUGGAACAGGCUGAAGUCAAUCUACGCCCGGAAAUGAUGGAAUGCCAACAAGAAGUCCCUAUGCGUUUAGCUUCAGAGUCGACAGCAAUCCAGGCGAUUUUGGAUGCUGUGGGAUCCUCCAGGCGGAUUCAUUUGAUAGAUUUGGGAAUUAACAAUGGCUCGCACUGGACUCUAAUCAUGCAACAGUUAGCUGUAAGAUACUAUCAUAAACUUGAAAGUCUCAAGAUAACGGCUGUUGGAACCUGUAAAGAGAUGCUGGAAGCUACAGGAAAUCGGCUGUCAUCAUUUGCUGAGAGUCUUCACUUACCUUUUUCAUUUUUCAUGGUUGUCUCAGAGCUAAAAGGCCUCAAGGAAGAUCUUUUUAAUGUAGAAGCUGAUGAAGCCGUAGCGGUUUAUUCUGAAUUCAGGAUUUCGACUCAGUUAAUGUGGCCAAAUCACUUGGAAUCUCUUCUUGGAGUGAUUAGGGGUCUCAAUCCACGCGUAGUGGUAGUCAAAGAAAUGGAGGCAACCAUAAACACGCAAAAGUUACUCGAACGCUUUGAUGAAGCCCUUGUACUUUUCAGUGCAAUGUUUGAUAUUUUGAAGGUUUGCAUGGAACACCAGAUCAGGUUUAGAACAUGGAAUGAAGAAGUUAUCUUUCGACAGAUGAUUCAAAACAUUGUCACCGCAGAGGGCAGCCAGAGGAUUUAUCGAUAUGAGAGGAUUAGUUUCUGGAGAAAGCUUCUGGCAAAAUUUGGAAUGAUGGAAACAGAUUUUAGUAGCUCAUCGAUUUAUCAAGCAAACAUACUGCUUAGAAGUUCCAGUAAGUUCAGUUCUUGCACCCUUAACUUGGACGGAAAAAGCCUAAUCUUUGGAUGGGAUGGAACCUCUAUACUGUCUGUUUCUGCUUGGAAGUUUGAGGAUCCAUAG